AUGGUUUAGACAUAAAAAGAUGUAAUAUCUUCAAAACAUAAGCAAAUUGAUGAAGAAUUAUUUCAUCUUAAAUCAAUAUUUUAAGAAAAGGCAUAUAAAGAGGCCACAAAUUUAAAAUUACCUAUAAUAGAUAAGAAUGAAUAUUAAUAUUUCACUCUAUAGAAUGGAUUAAAAGUAUUAGUGAUAUAAGAUCCAGAAGCAAAAAUUGCAUAAGCAGCAUUAUGUGUAAAUGUAGGUUCAUGGACAGAACCAGAUGAAUAUCCAGGUUUAGCUCACUUUUUAGAACAUAUGUUAUUUUAAGGAUCAAAGAGUUAUCCAUAGGAAGGAUAUUUUUAAAAAUUGGUAGCAGAAGGAGGUGGAUCAACAAAUGCAUAUACUAGAGGAGAAGAAACAAAUUAUUAUAUGAAAAUAAAUAAUGAAAGAGUAGUGGAAGCUUUAUAAGUGUUUGCUCAUUUUUUUAUUGAUCCUUUAUUGGAUUCAAGUAUGGUUGAUAGAGAAGUAAAUGCAGUAAAUAGUGAAUAUGAAAUAGCAGUAUCAGGUGAUUUAUGGAAGAUUUCACAUUUAUUUUAGAUUUUAUCAAAUAAACCAAUAGGUAGAUUUACAAUAGGUUCAUUAAAAACUUUAAAAGAUCCUAUGAAAGAAUUAGUAAAAUUUCAUUCACAAUACUAUAGUGCAAAUAUUAUGAGUUUAGUGGUAAAAUCAAAUUAUCCUGAUAUGGCCAAAUGGAUUAGAGAAUAAAGUGAUUUUUCAUAAAUACCAAAUUUGAAUUUAAAAAAAAGAUCAAAAUUACAUUUACCUUUAAAGAAAACAGGUUUAAUGGUUAAAUAUAAAACAAAUGGAGAUAAAAAUUAAUUAAUUUUAGCUUAUUAAUUGGAUUCUCCUAGAAGUGCUAAAAAAAGCAAAACUUUACCUAUGAUAGCAUCAUUAAUAAAAUCAAAACAUAAGGAAGGAUUAUUAGAUUAUUUAGUUAGAUNGUAAAUCAAAUAAAUUUUCAAAUUGAUAAUUGAUAAUUAAGUUAAUACGAGAUGUCUUUUAUUAAAUAUUCAAUUUAAAGUCGUAUAAAAUUAUAUUUUAAAUAUCAUAAUAUAUAAUAAAAUUGGGUUUUAGUAAGAACAUUUAAUAUUCAUGAAUAAUUACUAAUUUUUGGUAACCUAAAAUUAAUAUUUAGGUAAAAUAAGAAUUUAGAUGAUGAAUAAACUCAAUUUUAUAAUUAAUACGUUUUUAUUGAUAAAUGCACUACGUUCCAAUAUCAUAAACAGAAAGGCGUAUAUCAAAAUUGAAGCACAAAAAUAAACAGAAGACCAUGUUUAUAAUAGUGGGAGCAUUACUAAUUUGUUUAAUAACAAUGUUAGUGCUUAUUGUAUUAGAUGUUAAUAGUAUUGUUUUAUUAUAUAAGAUUAUGUUAAGAUUAACAGUAUAUUUUAAAUAUGGUAACCAUAAACUACAGUAGCAAUGGUUUAGACAUAAAAAGAUGUAAUAUCUUCAAAACAUAAGCAAAUUGAUGAAGAAUUAUUUCAUCUUAAAUCAAUAUUUUAAGAAAAGGCAUAUAAAGAGGCCACAAAUUUAAAAUUACCUAUAAUAGAUAAGAAUGAAUAUUAAUAUUUCACUCUAUAGAAUGGAUUAAAAGUAUUAGUGAUAUAAGAUCCAGAAGCAAAAAUUGCAUAAGCAGCAUUAUGUGUAAAUGUAGGUUCAUGGACAGAACCAGAUGAAUAUCCAGGUUUAGCUCACUUUUUAGAACAUAUGUUAUUUUAAGGAUCAAAGAGUUAUCCAUAGGAAGGAUAUUUUUAAAAAUUGGUAGCAGAAGGAGGUGGAUCAACAAAUGCAUAUACUAGAGGAGAAGAAACAAAUUAUUAUAUGAAAAUAAAUAAUGAAAGAGUAGUGGAAGCUUUAUAAGUGUUUGCUCAUUUUUUUAUUGAUCCUUUAUUGGAUUCAAGUAUGGUUGAUAGAGAAGUAAAUGCAGUAAAUAGUGAAUAUGAAAUAGCAGUAUCAGGUGAUUUAUGGAAGAUUUCACAUUUAUUUUAGAUUUUAUCAAAUAAACCAAUAGGUAGAUUUACAAUAGGUUCAUUAAAAACUUUAAAAGAUCCUAUGAAAGAAUUAGUAAAAUUUCAUUCACAAUACUAUAGUGCAAAUAUUAUGAGUUUAGUGGUAAAAUCAAAUUAUCCUGAUAUGGCCAAAUGGAUUAGAGAAUAAAGUGAUUUUUCAUAAAUACCAAAUUUGAAUUUAAAAAAAAGAUCAAAAUUACAUUUACCUUUAAAGAAAACAGGUUUAAUGGUUAAAUAUAAAACAAAUGGAGAUAAAAAUUAAUUAAUUUUAGCUUAUUAAUUGGAUUCUCCUAGAAGUGCUAAAAAAAGCAAAACUUUACCUAUGAUAGCAUCAUUAAUAAAAUCAAAACAUAAGGAAGGAUUAUUAGAUUAUUUAGUUAGAUAAAAAAUGGCUUUAAAUGUUGAUGCAGGUACAUUUUUAGAAGGAAAUGGAGAUUUUACAUUCUUUCUUAUAGAAAUUGAAUUAAUUGAAGGAGUAGAUGAACUUAAAGUAGCUGAAACUGUUACUGGAUAUUUUAAUAAUAUGUUAGAUUAAUUCUUUUAAGAAGAAGAUAAAAAUGAAAUUAAUUAUACACCAUAUUUAGAAGAAAUAUGGUAACAAUACAAAUAAUUACAAUUAUCAUAAUACAAUUAUUUAGAUAACAAUCAUUAUCCUACUGUAUAAUAAAUAGCUCAUAAUCUAAAUUACUUUGAUUAUACUGAUGCUAUGAGUAUUGAAUUUUUAUAUGAGGAAUUCUAACCUGAAAUUAUAUAUAAUUAUUUGACUGAAAUGCUCAAUCCAUCAAAUAUUGUUAUAUUUCAUGGUUCACCUAAAUUUACUAAUCUUAAAUAAUCAUCAGAAUUAUAUAGAUUAGAAUAUGAAAUUUAAACUCUUUCUAGAGAACAGAUUAAAAAAUUAUCUAGUGCUGUUACUACUAAAGUUGUACUUUUUGAUUGGAUCAAAAGUAAAUAAUUACCAUUGUUAUUACCUAAAAUUAACACUUUCAUUCCUAAAGAUUUUAGUAUUAAAUCUCUAUGUAGAGAAUAAACUUCAUUUAUAUAAGCUCCUCUUGUAUUUAAAAGCAAAGAAGACUGUAUUUAACAUGAAAAAGAAUAUGAAACCAUUAAUCAUUAUCCUCUUAUGAUUAAAAGAACUGUUGAAACUAAAGCUUGGUGGAAAUUACAAAGAUAAUUUUAAGUUCCUUAAAUAUUUACAGGUGUUAUGUUUAAUACACCUAAAUCUAUUAAUUCAUUAAAAGAUAAACUCUUGAUUUAAGUGUUUAAUACUCUUGUAACUGAUAAUUUAAAUUAAGAAAUCUAAGAAGCUAUUGAUGCUGGAUAUUAAUUCUAAUUUACUCCAAGUAUUAAAGGGGUUUCACUUGAAUUAUAUGGAUGGUCUGAUAAUUAUUAAUCAUUCUUUGAAAAAGUUCUGUAAUCCAUAAAUAAUUUAAAAUAUGAUUCAUUUUAUUAAGUGAAAUAGAAAUUGAUGAUCUAUUACAAUAAUAUUUAUUAAGAUAAAUUAUUUAGAGUAGCAAUGUCAGAAUAUUUGAAUUAGGUUGUUUAAGCUUAAUAUUAUACAUCUUAACUAUUUUAAGAAGAAUUGGCUACACUAGAUUUAGAAAGUCUAUAAGAAUUCCAUUCUAACUAUUUUUCUAACUUUAGAGUAUCAUCAUUUGUAAGUGGCAACAUCCUUAGAUCUGAAGUAGAAGAUCUUUUACAUACAAUUAGAAAGGUCUUCCAUAAAUCAAGUAGUCAUACAUCAGAAGAACCUCAUGUUUACAAUAUAAGAGAUUUCACUAAUAAAAAUGUUGUUGUUCCCUUAAUUCAUAAGGGAGGUGAUAAUAAUGAUGUAAAUGGUGUUACUAUUAAUUAUUAUUAAAUUGGACAUAGAAAUAAAAAGAAUUUUGCUAUAAUGAAUCUUAUAUAAUAAUUCUUCCAUAAUCAUGCAUUCUAAUAUCUUAGAACUGAAAGAUAAUUGGGUUAUGUAGCUCUAAUGAGAUUCAUACCUAUUGGUUGUAUUGAUGGUGCUGCAAUAAUUGUUUAAGGUACAGCAUAAAUGCCUUAUGUUGUUAAUUAACAUAUUGAAGACUUUUUGAAAUAAUUCCAUAAUGUACUAUUAUCAUUAGGUGAUGAUUAAUUGGAUAAUAUUAAAAAUGGAGCUGUAUUAUUAUAUUAUAUCUUAUUUAGAAAUCUGCUCUUUAAGAGAAAGAUAAAUCAUUAUAUGAUGAAAGUGCCUAUAUUUGGAGUUAGAUUAGAGGUAAUAAUCUCUAAUUAGAAGAAAAAGAGAUUGCCAUUGCUAUGAUUGAUGAAAUAUUGUAAAAAGUAUACAUAAUUAAUUAAUUAAAAGGAUAUUGUAGAGUUUUUUGAAAAAUACUUUAUUAAAUAAUAAAAUAAGUUAAGUUUGUAGAUAUAUGGUAAAGGAUUGAUAGAACAAUUUAAUUAAGUUAAAGACAAUUUAUUGGAAAAGGAAUAAAUCAUAGAAUUGAAAACUCUUAAUGAAUUUAAAUGUGCUUAUACCCUAAAUAAUUUAUGA